AUGAGCGGCAUCCCAGAACCUUUGGGCGGCGCAGGUACCGCGAGCAGACCCCCUGCUGGCAGCGAUAGCAUGGCCGCGACUCUACCAGACCCCGCCGCUCCCGGUCUCAACGACGUCACCAUAAAUGCUAUCACGGCCGCAGACGAGCUUCCGCCUCCUGGACAGACCUUGACUGGCAAACAAGAACACUACCUCAAACGUGAACUUCUUGGAGAGCAAGCUAAAUGGGAGAUUUCGGAGCUCAAUUCGCCUACGGCUCUGCGCCGCUUCGGUGCUCCCUUCAAGUCGGAGGUUGGCGAGGUCUCCCCUGUUGACUCCGAACUCCCCAUCCUGCGCUAUAUCUUUGUCCACCAUGUCCGGGAGUUUCCCUUCCUCGACAAGGCCCGCGAGAAGGAGUUCUGGCAGGACAAGCUGCAAGUGUUCCUCGAAUCCUUUUCUAGCAAACACAUCUCGUCGUCCGAGGACCGCCUCGAAGAGAAAAAGCGGCGCAAGUUGGCCAUCAAGGCCCAAAAGCUCGUUGAGCUGAUGAUGGUCUCGGGCAUUCGCACGUCGUCUGGCUUUGAAGAGCGCAUUCGCUUCACAGAACUCGAGAUCGUCGACCGUAACGCUAUAGACAGUGGUGUUUUGGGCUCUCUCCCUGAAGGCAACUUUAUCAAUGGCUGGGACGCCAACGUUGCCGGCGUGCGCAUCCAGUCGAUCAAACGCAAUAUACGGAACCACAAACAUGCUGGCGAGCUUGAAUACUUUAUCGGCCGACGGUACGGCGAGUUUGCUCGCCUGCAGAAAGCGUUGCAUACUGAGCUUCCUGGGCGCGUGCUUCCGCAAUUGCCCAAAAAGAACAAGUCGAGCAGCACGUCGUCUUACCUCCUCGGUUCCAUGGUCAGCAGCAAUGACUCAGACGGUUCAUCCGUCUCGUCUGUCUCGACCCAGAUGACCCUUUUUUCAAGCACAGGAGGUAGCUUGGGCGAGUCGCUCAAGAAUUUGUCAAUCCGAGAUAAAAGGAAAUCCGGGUCUUCUUUCAGAUCAUCACCACGGCCUUCGAUGGAUGCGCCGUUGAGUCCGAGGGCACCACUGACCCCUACGAGUCCGGUGCCAGGCUCUGCCGUUCUCUGGCGGGAAACCCAGCGCAUCUCUCUGAGGGCGUAUCUUCGAGCGCUCCUCGGCAACGAGCAGAUUGCCCAGUCGAACGCCAUUCAGGAUUUCCUGACUAAGGACCGGAUAACGCCAAGAGAUGAAGAUGUUGACGAUAUCACGCGGAGAAAGGCUGUGGACGAGAUGCGUGUCGAAGAGCAAAAGAGGUUCUACGAGAUCGCUCGACGCCGAGCAGCUGACCUUGAUGUCUACAUGGAACAGUUCCGUCAGGAUAUCGUAGAGCGGAACGGCCUCACGAUGCUCUUCAAAGAGAUAAAGGAAAAGAACACCAUCCAGGACUUGAGUAUACAGUACCAGAAGUUUGCUGAGUGGUUGCGCAUCGAGGUGGCGGCAACCAUCUACCAUCUGUUUCUGGCGGAAGACAACUCGCCCGAGUUGUUUGCACAGGCGAAGCGCAUUCAUUCGUUGAUACCAUAUACGGUAAUGAAGAAUGUCACACGCACCGCCAACCCGGCCGCCGUACUGGUAGGAAUCCUGGACAUCUUUCUGGCCCAGCCCUUUGGAGCGCGAUCGCUGAUGCAACGCAUCUUCUCUCUAACGCUCCACGAUGGCAUCCGCAACUUUCAGAAGACUAUCGACGCCCUCUCGGCGAAGAUCGACGACUCCGUACUUGUCGAUAAGCUGAAGGCAUUCGUCUAUGCCGACGAGCCGAUCAAGAUGGAGAUCCGGGGAGAAGCGGAAGCCGAUGAUGUCGACCUGAUCGUGGGCGUGCUACGCUCGGAGCUUAUUGAGCCAUCACUCGCGCCAGAACAGAUUGGACGGCUGUACAACGCUUAUGUGGCGUUCACCUCGGCCAUAGAGAAUGUGGAUGAGGAACUCAAGCAGGGAGCACAGUUCUUCUCGUACCUCAAGCAGCUCUUGAAGCAGUUCACUCGGCAGCGCGAUAAGGCGAUGAUGCUGAGUCUGAUUGAAGAGCCGGUGACACUCUCUCUAUUCCGCGAUCUGUUCACGAUAUUCUACGAACCGCUCGUCCGCGUGUACAAGUCGGCCAACGUGUACAGCAGCAUCACGGACUUUGCAACGUUUAUCGACGACCUGAUCAAAGUGGUGGAGAGCUGCCGAGAGCAGGAAGCGUCGGCCGAUCCGAACCAGACGGUGCAAGCCUUUAUCGACCUUUGCCAGCGACACGAACACAACUUUUACAAGUUCAUGCACGAGGUGCACACGCACGACAACGGACUUUUCACCCAACUCAUGGAGUGGAUUGAGGGUAUCCUGGAGUUUCUGCGGAAGGGUCCCGUGAACGGCACGCUCGACGUGAACGCACUCUUCAAGGGUGCAGUUGAACUCGGGGUUCUAGAUAAGGACAAGGCAAUUGCCGAGAUCAACAGCCUGAUAGCCUGGCAGGAGGCGCGGAAAAAGUGGCAUCAAGACAAGACACGGCAGAAGAUGGCAGCGGAAGGCGGCAGCACCGAUGGCUUUGGCCUGGGAAUAGGAGGCAACUCGACGCUUGCAGUGCCCAUUGGCUUCAGUGCAGGAGAUUUCGGCCUGGACGAUGCAGACCUUGCGGACAUGGCGUACGAUAACAGCAAUGACUCGGACGACGAGGCGGCCCAGGAGGCUGAGGACGAGCUGGGCCCAAUCGAUGCUGAACGGAAACAGCGGGCGAAGCGACAAGACCGAUUACGACGAAGUGCAGGAGAGCCAGCAAAACCAGCUAUCGCAGAGGUUUACAAGCUCAACGAGAACUUCCUGGCGAUGCUGCGUGCGGAGCCGCCGAUUGUCGAGGAGCAUCCCCCUCUCCCCAAAAUCGCCGAGAGUCGCAUCACAGCAAGACACACGAGCAGCGUGACCAGAAGCUCUAGACGAGAUGUCGUCUGCUCGAGUUUGGAAGCGGUUGGCUCCACAAGAAACUUUUCUAGCACGCGGCCAGCCGCUCGCAUCAUCUCAAAUGGACACCUCCGGGCCAAGGAGGCAUCGCCCUUCCUGAGCAACAAGUACCCGGUCAUUGACCAUGAGUACGACGCUCUCGUUGUCGGUGCCGGUGGUUCGGGCCUGCGUGCUGCCUUCGGUCUGGCCGAGGCCGGUUUCAACACGGCCUGCAUAUCCAAGCUCUUUCCCACGCGAAGCCACACAGUGGCAGCCCAGGGCGGCAUCAACGCGGCACUCGGCAACAUGCACGAGGACGACUGGCGCUGGCACAUGUACGACACCGUCAAGGGUUCCGACUGGCUGGGCGACCAGGACGCCAUCCACUACAUGACGCGCGAGGCGCCGGCUUCUAUCAUCGAGCUGGAGAACUAUGGCUGCCCCUUCUCGCGUACCGACGAGGGCAAGAUCUACCAACGUGCCUUUGGCGGUCAGUCGCGCAACUUCGGCAAGGGUGGCCAGGCUUAUCGGUGCUGUGCUGCCGCUGAUCGGACCGGUCACGCGCUCCUGCACACGCUCUACGGCCAGUCGCUAGCCCACAACACCAACUUCUUCAUCGAGUUCUUUGCCAUUGACCUGAUCAUGGAGGAUGGCGAGUGCCGCGGCGUCCUGGCCUACAACCAGGAGGACGGCACGCUGCACCGCUUCCUGGCCAACAGCACCGUCCUGGCCACAGGCGGAUACGGACGGGCCUACUUCAGCUGCACAUCGGCACACACCUGCACAGGUGACGGCAUGGCCAUGGUGGCGCGUGCCGGUCUGCCCAACCAGGAUCUGGAAUUUGUGCAGUUUCACCCGACCGGCAUCUACGGCGCCGGCUGCCUGAUCACCGAGGGUGCUCGUGGCGAGGGCGGCUACCUGCUGAACAGCGAGGGCAAGCGUUUCAUGGAGCGCUACGCGCCCAGGCCAAAGGAUCUAGCCAGUGGUGAUGUCGUGUCGCGGUCGAUCACGGUCGAGAUCCGUGAGGGCCGCGGUGUCGGUCCCGAGAAGGAUCAUAUGUACCUGCAGCUGAGCCAUCUGCCGGCCGAGGUGCUUGCCGAGCGUCUGCCCGGCAUCUCCGAGACGGCCAGCAUCUUCUCGGGCGUCGACGUGCGCAAGCAGCCGAUCCCCAUCCUGCCGACUGUGCACUACAACAUGGGCGGCAUUCCGACCAACUACACCGGCCAGGUGCUGACCGUCGAUGAGGCCGGCAAGGACAAGCCUGUUCAGGGCCUGUUUGCCUGUGGCGAGGCUGCCUGCGUGUCGGUGCACGGCGCCAACCGUCUGGGCGCCAACUCGUUGCUGGAUCUCGUCGUCUUUGGCCGUGCCGUGUCGCACACCAUCCGCGACCAGUCGACGCCGGGCCAGAAGCUCAAGCCGCUGCGUGCCGACGCCGGUGCCGACGCCAUCGAGGUCCUGGACGAACUCCGCAACGCCGACGGCCCCAAGUCGACGGCCGAAAUCCGUCUGGCGAUGCAGAAGACUAUGCAGAAGGAUGUCAGCGUGUUCCGCCAGCAGGAUUCCCUGGACGAGGGCGUCGUCAACAUCAGCAAGGUCGACCAGACCUUUAAAGAUGUGGGCAUCAAGGACCGCAGCAUGAUCUGGAACUCGGAUCUUGUCGAGACCCUGGAGCUUCGGAACCUGUUGACCUGCGCCGUGCAAACGGCUGUGUCUGCCUCUAACCGCAAGGAGUCACGUGGCGCACACGCCCGCGAAGACUACCCCGACCGUGACGACAAGAACUGGAUGAAGCACACGCUGAGCUUCCAGAAGAAGCCACACGGCCCGGUAGACCUCAAGUACCGUGCUGUAAUCAGCACCACGCUGGACGAGAACGAGUGCAAGCCCGUGCCUCCGUUCAAGCGUGUUUACUAG